AUGAAGUUACUGGGUUGGAUGCACCGGAAAUUCCGGCAAAAUAGCAGUGAGCCACUCAAAGAUUUGGCACUUGGGAACGCUUGUUCUUGUCUUACAGGGCAACCCUCACUUGAUGACCAACAAGGCUACCCGAAGCCAAACUAUGGUGCCAAACCAUUCAGGCAAGGCCAGAGAGAGCACCAGCUUCGAAACUCUUUCGCGGGCUUAGAAGCUGCCCGAGUAGAAGAAGAAGAUUAUGAAGAUCAAGAAACUUCAGCUGCACUAUCUGAACUAUUCCAUGGCUUUCUUGCAAUUGGCACCCUUGGUUCUGAACCUAAUGUUAAUGUUCCAUCGACACCAACAUUUGGUAUCUCUGUUGAGAAUAUAACUGAGAAGGAAACUGAAGCAACAGAAAAUGAAUUGAAGCUCAUCAACGAUGAGUUGGAGAAAGUUCUAGGAGCUGAAGCUAAUAAAGAAGACGGCUGCAAUGAGUCAUCAGGGAGAAACAGUCACGUGAGUAAUGGAAGGAGCAGUCAUGGAAGCACCAUUACUCUUAGUGGGAAGCCAUUGGAAGGCUCAGACAACAAUGGGAAUGGAUUUACGGUGUGUCCACUCCAGGGAUAUCUUUUCGGUUCAGCAAUUGAAUUGUCUGAAACUACAACGGUGGCAAAAAAGGAACAUAGAACAUCGCUUGGAGAGCUUUUCCAGAGGACUAAAGUAGCUGAGGAGAAUCCUAAUUCCGGAAGUAAAUACGAGAGGGAGGAGAAGCGAACAGACAAAGAAGCAGAUAAAUCAGCUGUACAACUUAUGAAAAAGAUGUUAAAGAAAAAAAUGCUUCAUGCUUCCAGGAGCACCACUGGUGGAGGUGUUGAUUCUGCUUCAGCAGAAACAAAACUGCACAAGGUAUUGUUACAAAAAGUACUAUAA